GUAAAUACUAAGUAAUCAAUUCACUUGUGAUAUACUUGCGAGUUUAGCCGGUUAAAAUUUUAUAAUUUAAAUUAGUAUUAAUGAUUGGUUACCUAUCUAACUAUUUUAUUUAAACAGUCACCCUAAAAGAUGGCUAAACAUCAUCCAGACUUGAUUUUUUGUCGUAAGCAACCCGGCGUCGCUAUAGGUCGGUUAUGUGAAAAAUGUGAUGGCAAAUGUGUUAUCUGUGAUUCAUAUGUCAGACCAUGUACAUUGGUACGCAUUUGUGAUGAGUGCAAUUAUGGCUCAUACCAGGGACGAUGUGUUACAUGCGGUGGACCUGGAAUAUCAGAUGCAUAUUAUUGUAAGGAAUGCACAAUUCAAGAAAAAGAUAGAGACGGAUGCCCGAAAAUUGUAAAUUUGGGAAGUGCUAAAACAGAUCUAUUUUACGAACGCAAGAAAUAUGGGUUCAAAGCACGUUAAUGCCACUGUAUUUCCAUUCAUGUUUCUUAUGAUGUAAGUUUUUAUUAAUUCUUGAAAUUAAUAAUGGAAUAAAAAUUCUUUUUCACUUCUAUUUAAUAAAAUAUUUGCUUAUUAAAAAUUAAGGUGUUUAAGUCAUUACCACUGUAUUUAUAUUUAUAUUUUGUAUAAUGUAAUUUUUUAUUUAUAAUCAGUUCUUGAAAUAAUUAAUAUAUUAA